AUGGAUAUUCUUGAUAUUCGAUCCGCAGCUGUCGAGACGAAUCUCAAGGACGAGAUUCAUACCCUUCUCAAGCCGAAAGAUGGCCCGAGGAAGCUGCCAACCCUCCUGCUCUAUAACGAGCGAGGGCUGCAGAUUUUCGAACAAAUCACGUAUUUGGAAGAAUAUUACUUGACCAAUGACGAGAUCAAGGUAUUGACGGCCUCGGCGUCAAAAAUCGCAGAGAAAAUCCCCAAUGGCGCCAUGGUGAUCGAGCUCGGGAGUGGAAACCUGCGCAAGGUGAAUCUACUACUCCAGGCCUUCGAAGAGGCGGGGAAGGAUGUCGACUACUAUGCGCUGGACUUGGACCGGAAAGAGCUCGAAAGGACUCUUGCUCAACUGCCUGCUUACAAGCAUGUAAGGAGCCACGGCCUAUGGGGUACAUACGAUGACGGCCGGGACUGGUUGAAGGAGCCCUCCAACGUGCGACGGCAGAAAUGUGUGCUUUCGCUCGGCUCGAGCAUUGGCAACUUUCACCGUCAUGAGGCUGCGGAUUUCUUGAGGGGGUUUUCUAGUGUCCUCAGCCCUGGAGACACGAUGCUGGUUGGCUUGGACUCAUGCCUUGAUCCAGCCAAAGUCUUUCACGCAUAUAAUGACCAAGAGGGCGUAACUCAUUCGUUCAUCCUCAACGGCUUGCGCAAUGCAAACGACAUUCUCGAGGAAGAGGCGUUCAAGAUGGAGGACUGGAAGGUAAUUGGGGAAUACGUCUACGAUGAUGAAGGAGGCCGUCACCAAGCUUUCUAUGCACCAGUCAGAGACGUCGUAGUCCUCGGCGAAACCAUCAAAGCUCAAGAGCGCAUUCAGGUCGAACAGAGCCUGAAGUACUCGCAGCUGGCUGCGACCAAAUUGUGGAACACCGCCAGUCUGGAAGAAGUCGAUUCGUGGAUGCUGGGGCAGGAAUAUGGCCUGCAUAUGCUGGCUAAACCCAAAAUGCCCUUCAGCCUGCACCCUUCUAGUUACGCCGCGUCCGUCUUGCCCUCCCUGGACGACUGGGACGGGCUGUGGACGGCAUGGGACACGGUAACCAGGGGCAUGAUCUCGCGCGAAGAGCUCUUGGACAAGCCCAUUAAGCUCCGGAACGCAUGCAUCUUCUACCUUGGGCACACACCGACGUUCCUGGACAUUCAGCUCAAUAAGACGACCAACGAUACACCGACAGAGCCUAGACACUAUAUCACUAUAUUCGAGCGAGGCAUCGAUCCCGACGUGGACAACCCAGAACAUUGUCAUGCCCAUUCUAUCAUCCCAGACGAAUGGCCACCAGUCGAGGAGAUCUUGGAAUACCAGCAACGAGUUCGUGAGCGCCUGCGGGGUUAUUAUAAACAUGGAGUGCAGGCCAUACCUCGAUCCACCUCGAGGGCCAUAUGGGUCAGUUUUGAGCACGAGGUCAUGCAUCUAGAGACUCUGCUCUACAUGCUUGUACAGAGCGAGAAGACCCUGCCCCCGCCCAAUGUGGCUCCGACAGACUUCGAGGGCAUAGCUCAGAGCGCCAAAGAUGCAAGGGUCGAUAAUCAGUGGUUCGAUAUUCCAGCACAGGAUAUUACGAUUGGAAUGGACGACCCCGAGGACGGGACAGAUAGCAACUGUCAUUUUGGCUGGGACAACGAGAAGCCGCAGACGAAGGCAAAAGUGCAUGCCUUCCAGGCUAAAGGGAGGCCGAUUACCAACGAGGAGUAUGCGCAAUAUCUCCACGCCACAAACACCACACAGAUCCCGGCAACCUGGAUCGAAGUUCAACCUGGCCAACAAGUGCCCAACGGCGCGUCCCACGUGAAUGGCGCUAACGAUCUAGUUAACGGCUCGACGUCGCUGCCGAUCUCAUUCAUCGAAGACAAGGCCAUUCGGACCGUCUACGGCCUAGUACCGUUGAAGUAUGCUCUCGACUGGCCAAUCUCUGCUUCCUAUGAUGAGCUUGCGGGUUGUGCAGCCUGGAUGGGUGGUCGAAUCCCAACCUUCAAGGAGGCUCGCAGCAUCUACGAGUAUGUUUGUUUUCUGAAGAGAGCAGAGGCUGAGAGGAAGCUGGGAAAGACCGUCCCUGCUGUGAAUGGGCACCUUAGCAACAACGGGGUCGAAGAGACACCUCCAUCACGAUCGGCAAAUGGAGAUGUCGAUGAAGGGAAUAUCGACCUCUUCAUCGACCUUGACGGCUCUAAUGUGGGAUUCCAACACUGGCACCCGGUCCCUGUCACUGCCAAUGGCAACAGGCUCUGUGGACAAGGCGAGAUGGGUGGUGUGUGGGAGUGGACGAGCUCACCCUUGCGGAAGUGGGAGGGCUUCAAGCCUAUGGCACUGUACCCUGCUUACACUGCCGACUUCUUUGACGAGAAACACAACAUCAUCCUCGGUGGAUCGUGGGCCACGCACCCGCGCAUCGCCGGACGGAAAUCUUUUGUCAACUGGUACCAGCGGAACUAUCUAUACGUGUGGAGCGGUGCCAGGCUCGUCCGCGAUGUGCAGUAGACGCUCUUCGGGUAUGGAAACGCCUCGCUACCUGUUUCGCUUUGUUUCCACACAGCCAAGCACCGUAUAACCUGUUGUGCAUUCGGCCCAGAUCAUUCAGCUUGGACACUGCACAUGCCAAUGAGCUAGCCAGAUACCAGCCAUUCCCUGCAUCAGCAACGCAAACACGGAUGUAAGUGGGAGAGGGAUUGGUGUUCAUUGCAUAGCCCGGACACUCUGCAUCCUUGACAUGUCGUGUCAUCACUGUCCUUUUCGGAUUUACACCAAGAAAAAAAAACCUAAAACCAAACAACAAUGAAAUGAUACAUGAGUAC